AUGACCAAGUACUCUCGCCCUAAACAACGCGCCGCUCACAUGCAUCCCUAUCAAAGGGACAAGCCCACAGCGUGUCGUGGCAAUUCUGGCCGAGAUUCUAGUACUCAGGAGCAGGCUGGAAACACUCGUAACAACGCUCCUCAAGCCGAUCCCCCCCAAGCCUCAGCUUCUGUCAACGACGAAAACGAUAAAGGCGGCGACGACGACUUGGAAAAGCCAGUCCGUCCUCAGCCUCAUUCGUUCGGUCAACUACGUAUCCUGCCGUCUGCAGCUCUCUCCUUGGCACCUAACUUCGUGGUUAGCAACCCAAGAAAGACCGGUCCGCAGACAGAUAUCUGCGCCCGCGUACCUGGUCGACUCAACACCUGGGUUGCACGGAUUAGCUGCCAGGACACCAUGUCCGACUUCAAGGAUUUGAUGCUCUCAAACUCUGGGCUCAAGUCCACCGCUAUUGAUGGUGUUUGUGAGAGAGCUGAAACAACCUACACCAUCCGGAGAUACGAGCCUGAGGUGGUGCAGGUCAUUGAUCACGUUGAUCGCAACUUGAUCUGCUGGACAGACGCACCUGAUACCGACACUGUUGGUCAUGAAAUACAAAGCCGCGACCUUGAAACCUCUGACAUUCCUGGUAUUCUUGGUGAAGAAGGCAUGAAGAUGGUCGACCCUAGAUGGCAGGAGACAGCUGCCCGAGUCGAAGAGCAACGAAAGGAACUACAGAAGAAUGAAAUGCGUGGUGGCACUUUGACUUUGGUUUUGAAGUAA